AUACGCAUCGUAAACGGAAGACAGCGGCCAACGAUGGCGCCCCAGAAUCAGAAAGAGUGAGCGAAUCACCAAACUAUAUCCUCUUUUUCUUUCGGUAUUUGCUAGGUUUUCAUGGGAUCACUUAUUGUCAUCAAACCGAUCGUCAUCUUGCUGGGAGCAGGAGCUAUAAUGAUCGGCAUUUUCAAUUACGGAUAUCGUAAAUGCCAGGACUUGGUGCUUGAUACGAUAUGCCCGAUACCACUUUUGAGCUCAUAUUUACCAAUUUGCAAUAAUUAUAUACCUAAUAUACCUGAUUUCACACACUUGGUAAAGAUUCAAGAAAAUUUAUACGAUGGCAUGCUCUCGCAAUCAGUUGGGGAAGAAGCAAUUUCAGCACUUGAACUCAAAAAAGUUGAAUUGGCCACUCGCGAUUUACAAGCUAUGGUUAAGUUUUCCAACCUACAAAGCCAUGAAUUGCUUAAUUCAAAACUAGGUGACUAUUUGGUGCGCUCUAGACGAUUUGGAAAGGAUAUACAGAGUUUGCAAGCACAGACUAAGGGUGUUAUUGACAACCUUAUAACCUACAAUACGUUCACAUUUAAAAAAUUAUCAGAUGUCGAAAGUAAAAAAGCAAGCCGACAGGAUCUUCGAGUGAUUUAUGAGCAUGCUAUGAGCCUGGUGGAGAAAGAAGCAAAGCGAUUAAUAUUAUCGAUCGAGAAGGCCCAGAGCUCGUUGGACGAAUUGGAAGAAGAUCUGUAUGCGAUACAUGAGAUUUGCGUCCAAGAGAAAUCAUAUCAACAAUCUGAAAAACCACAUAUUCUUGGUGAUGUCGUCAAUAUGGUCAGAGGAAAGGGAAUGCGUCGCCCUUUAGUAAAGGAAAAUCUGGAUUUGUUGGUAAAUUUUGAUAUGCAAAGAAGUCAAGCUGCACAGCAGUUGAUGGUAAUGCUAGACAGAAUGGAAGCGUUCCAAAUGGAUUUAGAGGAACUACGAUCACAGGUAGUAGCACCUAUACUUAUCCCAGAUACGUUGCCGCUAGAAAUGCAUAUAGAGAAUGUUGGGAAAGCAAUCGAAAGAUUGAAAAGUGGUAAAAUCGUAGCUUGGGAGGAAAGACAGCAGAUAGAAGCCAGUAGUACUCCUACAGUGAUGCCAACUGACGCAUAAUACAUAAUAUACUAUAUCAUUAUUUUUUGAUUUCAACAGUAUAAUAGUACUACAAUGAUAUAAUUGUAAAUAAAUCUUUUAGUUUUUUCCGCUUUUAUCAAAUACAC